AUGGACUCUCUCGAGGCUAGAUUACAAUUCAUUCAGGUGCUGAAGAACCUGCAAAAGACGCUGCACAAGACCAAGGACUCUACCACAUCAUCGUCAACAACUACACCACCGUCAUCACAACAAAAGCUGAACAAUGACCCCAUACAAUUCUAUUUAAGAAACUACAGGCAUCACUAUGAGGACUUCCACCAGUGUUUGUUCGACACAACCAUGAAGAUGGACCCACUGGAUAGACUGGAUGUAGUGAUAUACUAUGUUAGAAUAAUAAGAAAUUUGUAUCCCCAUAGUCAUUCUAAUACCAAUGUUGCCAAAGUGCUAAACGAAGUGCUGCUUCUGGAUGUUGAUUUGGUUUUUGAGCUCUGUCUGCCCUGCCAGGACUGGAAAUCCCUUACAAACCUAGCCACCUGUAAGGAGCUAUUCCUGGACUUAUCCAGACUAAUCCAGUACGACGUUACGCUCACACCUCCGGACGCCACAAACAUAAACGCCACUACCUGGUACAGUGUCAAGACAGACAGGACUACACAGGACUACAAACAAUCGUUGCAGCGAACAGAGUCUCUGUUAAAAGACAGGGACUCAAAAAAAUUGGCCUUCUUCCAACAGUUCAAUUCCGAUACAACUACCAUCAACCCGGACUUACAGACGCAGCCAACAAAUGCAAACAUUUUAUUGCACAGAAUGGAGGCAGAUAGGGAACUCCACAAGAGAUCGAAAGAAACGAGUUGGUACGUUGAAAGGCCUUCCAACGAUAUACUAGAUGAAUCCGAAUUCCAAACUCUGUGGACGCAUUUUGAGACUACUGAUUCCGGAUUCGACAAGGACGAUUACAAAAAUAUCAAGGCUUUGAAUGAUAUUGCAAAGGCAUCUUACAUGUACUAG